GAUGGCCUUCCGCAAGGCCUACUCCAUCAAGGACAAGCUGCAGGCCAUCGAGCGCGUCAAGGGCGGCGAGCGGCAGGCCAGCGUGUGCCGCGACUUCGGCGUGCCUGGCGGAACGCUGCGCGGCUGGCUCAAGGACGAGCCGAAGCUGCGCUGGUUCCUGGAGCAGCUGGGCGGCGAGGUGGGCACGCAGCGCAAGAAGAUGCGGCUGGCCAACGAGGAGGAGAUCGACCGCGCGGUGUACUCGUGGUUCCUGGCGCUGCGCCAGCACGGCGUGCCGCUGUCGGGGCCGCUCAUCCAGGCGCAGGCCGAGGCCUUCGCGCGCCAGAUCUACGGGCCCGAGUGCACCUUCAAGGCCAGCCACGGCUGGUUCUGGCGUUGGCAGAAGCGCCACGGCAUCUCCAGCCAGCGCAUUUACGGCGAGGCCGAGUCCCCGGCUGCCGGCCCCGCUCCGGGCUCGCCGGUCAAGCAGGAGCCCGGGCAGCCUCCGGGCGCCGGCUCUCUGCCGGGCCGCGUCCCGCUCUCGCCAGCCCCCGUCGAGGGCGGCUAUGACGAUGAGCAGAUCUACAACGCCAACGUCACCGGCCUCUACUGGAAGCUGCUUCCGGAGCAGGCUGCACCCCUGGGGGCCCGGGGCUGCGGCCCUCGCUGGCGGGACGACCGGGUGACAGUGCUGCUGGCCGCUAACCUGACUGGCAGCCACAAGCUGAAGCCACUAGUCAUCGGGCGGCUGCCCGACCCGCCCAGCCUGCGCCACCACAACCAGGACAAGUUCCCUGCCUCCUACCGCUACAGCCCAGAUGCCUGGCUCAGUCGCCCUUUGCUGCGGGGCUGGUUCUUCGAGGAGUUCGUUCCGGGCGUCAAGCGCUAUCUGCGCCGCAGCUGCCUACAGCAGAAGGCUGUGCUGCUGGUCGCCCACCCACCCUGCCCAAGCCCAGCUGCCAGGAUGCCUGCCCUGGAGGAGAGAGAGGAGACCCCCAGGCGGUUCCGGCCUGAGCCCCUCAGCCACCCGGAGGAGCUGCAGACCCCUGAUGGGGCUGUGCGAGUGCUGUUCCUGUCCAAGGGCAGCAGCCGAGCACACAUCCCUGCCCCACUAGAGCAGGGAGUGGUGGCUGCCUUCAAGCAGCUGUACAAGCGGGAGCUGCUUCGGCUGGCCGUGUCCUGCGCAGGGGGCUCCCCGCUGGAUUUCAUGCGCAGCUUCAUGCUCAAGGACAUGCUCCACCUGGCUGGCCUCUCCUGGGACCUGGUGCAGGCAGGCAGCAUCGAACGCUGCUGGCUGCUGGGCUUGCGAGCGGCCUUCGAGCCUCAGCCAGAGGAUUGUGCUGGGCAAUGGGCUCGCCAGGCUGAGGAGGCAGCUGAGCACAGCAGGGUGCUCAGCGACCUCACACACUUGGCCGCCCUGGCAUACAAGCGCCUGGCACCUGAGGAGGUGGCUGAGUGGCUGCACCUGGAUGAUGAUGGGGGGCUGCCUGAGGGCUGCAGAGAGGAGGCACGCCCUGGCCGGCCCCCUACACUUGCCCCUGUGGCCCCUCCACCCCCUGGCAGCCUACCCCCUGUCAUGGAGGGUGGGGAGGAGGAGGCUGCUGUGCCCACUGCUGGGGAGGCUGUUCGGGGUCUGGAGACAGCUCUUCGGUGGCUGGAAAGCCAGGACCCCCGGGAGGUGGGGCCACUGAAGCUGGUGCAGCUGCGCUCACUGAUCAGCACAGCCAGGAGGCUGGGGGGCAUUGGGUCUUCUGAAGCCCCUGACAGUGGGGUGUGACCAAGCCAGUCCUAUUGGCCCCCCUGGGGCCUUUGUCCUGUUGCACCUGGAGGGAGGGGACACACACAGUCUCCCCUCUGCCCUCCCCUGGGGUGGCCCACCCCAUGGCUAGGGUUCCAGGGAUCCUGGCCCUGCCAUGUUUGGAGGGGCUCUGUUGGUGAAGGGUCAUCCUGCUCUACUGUCCCUCCAGUCUCCUGGGGGUAGCUGGAAGAAAGGCCCCGGGCUCCGCCUCCUCCUCCCUGAGCAGCCUGGUCUGUGGUCUUAGCCAGGACCCCUCCCACACACACCUGGCUUACACACACCACAGCACUUAUAAAAGGGCAGGGCCCUGUGUUCCUGCCUUUGCCUCAUGGGACUGAGGCCUCCGGCCUGGCCCACCCUCAACCCCAUGAUCUGUCAACUUGCACUGGACAAGAGCCUGGUCCUCCUGUCCACCCUGAGCCCUGGUGCUGUGUGGUUCCUGUGCCACUGCCACAGCUGUGGCUUCUCGGUGGGGGGAGACACCCUCAGUUUUGUUUUUAUCACAUUAAAUCCAUUUUUACAGAUAUGGGGGGCAGGCAGCAGGGGGUGUUUCAGUCUCAAAGGAUGGGUUCUCUGGGCUGGGAAAGGAGGAUGGUGUCCAGCACUCAGGCCUCCUGACAUUCUGGAUGCAGCAGGGGUAUAGAUUUCUGUUCCACUUGGACUUUUAAUUUUCCUUAAUACUUUUUCCAAACAGCUCUUAUUCUGUGGGGUUGGCAUGCGGCUGAAUUUGGGGCCUGGUGACUUGACCAAUGACUGGACAGGGUCCUUGGACUCCCAGCAGCCAUAGCCCACUUUGUCCAGGCCCAGGGCCCAAGGCCACCCACCUGCUCAGAGCUGGGGGCAGGUGAAACUGACAACCACGCUGAACAACCCUGCAGUGCCUUAGGGCCCCAGGCUCCUCCCCUCUUUGGCAAGGGCAUGGCUGAGUGGCUGCUUCCCCAGCCCAGGAAUUGGACUUCUGGGUGGCAGUUUGAAAGGGUAGAAAAGCUGCCUGUGUUUUGACCCAGCUGCCCCAUCCACUCUGGAUUCAGAUACAUGCUGGUGGUCUGGGGCCCAGAGAUGCCUGUCCCUUCUGGGUGCUGCCUUUGCAGAGAUGCUGCCAAGAGGGGCAGGGGACUGACAGAGAGGCACUGCCUGCCUCUGGCACUGUCUCCUGCCCCUAGAUAUCUUGGAGGCCAGAGGUUGCAGACAGUGUGUUUGUGGAAUGGCUGCACCUCUGGGAGGUGCUAAAGGGCUCCCUGGGGCAAUAGCCACACAAGUCCAAGAACAUAAACAGUUCCUUAGGACCGCCCCCAGUCAAAACACACACACACACACACCUUAAAUCUGAAAGUUGAGGGAAGGUGUGGAGAAUUUGGCAUCAAGAGAAGUGAGCCUUGGCUAGCCAGGCCCAGGGCAGCCGCUCCUGCGGAGGAGGUAGGCACCUGACGCCUCCCUUGCCAGCUGUCUGGAGUCUGCACACCUAGAGGAACCUUUGGCAGUCUGAGGCUGGUCCUGGGUCUCUAACCCAACAACUGGCCAGGGGCUUCAGGAGUCCUGCCUUUUAUACCAUCUAUCACUCCUGUUGAUAGGGACCCAGGGCCAGGAGACUUCUGGGUGUGGGAGGCAGACCUUGGCCUAGAUGGGCAGCAGGUAAGGGUGUACCUGAGGCUCUAUACAGUCCAGGUGGCCCCUGGCAGGGGCCCUUCAGCCUGCAUCAGCAUUGCCCUCUCUGGCCCUCUGUGGGACCCGUGUCAGACCUUGUGCCUAGCUAUCAGGCUGCCUCACAUCACACCAGCCCCCUCCCAACAGGAGAACCAAGGCUGCACCCCAGGGGGAAGCUCUGGCCUGUCUGGGUGGCCCUGAAUGGACACUGGUAAAACCAGGCCAGUCCAGUCUGGCAUGGGGCCCUGAGAAGCUAGUUUGAGUGCCAGUCAAGUGUCGGUCCAGAGGCCUUUGGCUUUGCUGAGUGGGGGACCCCCUCACAAGAGGGCCUGUACAGGUGUCCUCUCUAGAAUGGAGGCAAAGGUGUCAUAUGUGCCUUGGGGUGGAGGCUGCAGGCACCUAGCCCUGUAGACAGUCCCACCAACAGGUCAUUGUGAUCCUGGGUUGCCCUGGGGCCCCAUCCCAUUGCAGCUACUGGUUCAAGUCACCCAUCUCCCUGGGCUCAACUAGGUGUGAAGUAAUGGGGCACCUGGCUAGAGGUUUCCUGCAGGAGACCCCAGAGUUUGUCUGCAGCAAAAUGACUGAAGUGCAUCCCAGCUGGUGGCCUUACUCCACAGCCUGUCCUUCAUUGUUGUUUAUCUGCUGGGCCCAUAGUCUCUUGAGCUUGUCACCCUGGUUUGUAAUGACCUGAGAAUGAGGUGGUGGGUACCACUGGGUUGAUGCUGCUAGAAUCCCUUCAUUCAUUGCAUGCAAGCUGGAAACUUGCCCUGGAGGAUUACACAUUCCCUGUCAGAGGUGUGGGGCCCCCUGCAACCUUGGUGCUUGGGGGCAAAGCCAUCAGCCUCUCCCCAUCCUAUUCACAGCCCUUUGAUGAAGACAGUGUAACUGCUCUUCCAGUGGCCACUGGUCAGGGUAUUGUGAGAGCUCCCCUGUGGGCUUGGCAGUGGGCAGGGAAGGUAAGCAUGCACAGGUUUCUGAAAGCACCCAAAUCUGUUUUGGGGGGUAAGACCAGGCUGCAACAGUCAGGGGGCACCAUCUUGCCUGAGAGGGCUGCAUGCUUGGGAACUGGCCCCCCAGAUGUAAACUGCAGAUGAAGGUCCCGUUGGCCCAAGUGCAGGUCUGGCUUGCUGUGGAAAGCCCAGGUGGGAGUAGGGCCCUGGGCAGUUUGGCCCAUGGUAAGGGUGCCCACAGGUGAGGCCUGACUCUGGUGGUAUAUCCUUGAGAAGACUGUGGGUUGGUGGGUGGCAUGCUGUGAGGGGCCCUUUCACACCCAGUAUCGCUGAUGGUGUUCACCUGGUCAGAUGGGCCCAGUGUAUUUUAUAAUAAAGGCUGAAUGUGCCAACUUCAUACACA